AUGCUGUGUGGAAGCCGAAGCCGCACCUCCCGUAUGGCCCCUCUGGCCAGUCGGGCACCUCAGAUGAGAGCUGUGCCCAGGCCAGCACCAGCAGCUCAGCCACCACCACCAGUUGCAUCAUCUGCCAUUGGCUCACCUGCUGCUGCACCCCAGCAGUCAGGUCUGAUGGCCCAGAUGGCAACCACUACAGCUGGUGUGGCUGUGGGCUCUGCUGUGGGUCACACACUAGGUCAUGCCAUUACUGGGGGCUUUAGUGGAGGAAGUAAUGCUGAGCCCACAAGGACUGGCAUCACUUACCAGGAGCCUCAGGGAACUGAGCUGGCAUACCAGAAGCAGCAGCAGUUUGGCCCGUGCCACUGUGAGAUGAAACAGUUUUUGGAGUGUGCCCAAAACCAGGGUGACCUUAAACUUUGUGAGGGUUUCAGUGAGAUGCUGAAACAAUGCAGAUUUGCAAAUGGAUUAGCCUAAUCAAGAAGUUCACGUUGAAGAAAUGGAAAAUCUUCUCUCUUGUCCAAGUUAAUUUAGUAUAAAGAUGUAAUUGAUAGUGAUAGUAUAAAACUACCAGUUAACUC